UCUUCCUCUCUCAAAUCAAAUCAAAUCCAAUCCCUUGAAUCUUACGACACCAUAUAUAUCACAUACUGCUUUUUCUUCAACACCUGCACUCUCUCUCUCUCUCUCAAGCGUAACUUACUCACUCAAUAUGGCGCAGCAGCAAUUCAAUCAAAUCCAGCACCUGAACGACCAUCAACAGGCUAUGAAACUAAGCAAAGCAGGAGAUAAAGAGAAGAGACACAAGUUUCACCUGAACGACCACAUUGACAUCCUAAUCGAGAUCCUGAAGCGUCUAGAUGGUCGAUCCCUAAGUGUGGCCGCCUGCGUCUGUAGAUUCUGGUGCACCAUUGCGCGGAACGACUCGCUCUGGGAGAACCUCUGCUUCCGCCACGUCUCUCCUCCGCCAUCCGGUGUGCGACCGGUGGUGGUGGCCCUCGGAGGUUACAGAAGGCUUUACAUGGUGUGCGUGCGGCCCGUGCUGAUUCGGCUUGGAGAGUUGAGACUCGUCGGUGAGUCUGGUAGAAGGGCAUGGAGUCGGGAGGAGGUGCAGCUCUCACUGUCUUUGUUUUGUGUUGAUUACUACGAAAGGCUCGGAGUUGGGGAGAGAUUCGGUGAGGCGUCCCCAUCAUCUCUCAUGUUCCUCUGCAGGCCCGUCAACGUCUGAUUUCUUCGCUUACUCAAAAACCCACAACACUGCCAUCAAAUUAUUAAUUUAAGUAACAUAUGAAUAUCAUAAAUUGUUUGUUUUUUUUUUAUCAUUAUUAUUAGAGUUUCAUAAUUAUUACUGCUAUUUUUACUAGAUUUAUAAAUUCAUGACAAAAUAACAUUUCAUAUAUAUUUUUUAUUUUGUUUAUUUUUUUAGCAGAUAUUUAAAAAUAAAAAUGUCUUUUUUUUUCCGAUAA